UACAAAUUGUAUCCAUCCUCUUCCUUGCCAUUAUAAAGUACAAACUUCUUGCGUAGCUCCUCUCAAAAAGUAGAGAAGCUUACAUCACUCUCUCUCUCUCUUUUUGCGAAGCUCAGGUUUUCACGCUCAUUACUCCAAUUCUUCCUUCACAUGGAAUCAUUGAACUUUCUCAAAUUCUGGCGUACUACUGCCGCUGUUAGAGAUAUUGACUCUGAUUUUGAUUCUGUUCAAAAAUUCACCGGUACGGUGGAUUAUAAAGGAAAUACGGUAUCAACCGAGAGUACUCAUGAAGAAAUUGACAAGGAUGAGGAUUCGUUUUUCGAUUUGGUACUUACAGGGAUUAAUGGAUACCCAAAAGAUAAUAAUAUCCCAUCCAACUCUGUUUCGGAAAAGAGUUGUCCGGUAAAGCAGGGGAAGGGAAAGUCGGACUCGCCGGAGUCUCCGAAUUCGGUACUCCGAUCAUCUCCCAAGUUCGCCGUAUGUUUUUUGGGGUUCAGGAAAUCAAAGCCGGAGAGAGUGAUCAUUGACGAUUCUUCUACGGUGAGUCCGAAGAAUCAAACCCAGAAAUGCAAGGUGGAAGAAAGGGAAUCUUCAAUUAACGAUUCGUCGAAGCAAUUUACAAGAGCUGAUAUGGGUAAGUAUUUGAAUUUGAUGAAGCCUCUCUACUCAAGAGCUUCGAAAAGGUUCACCGACAAAAAUCAAUUAUCAUCAUCUUCUUCUUCAGUGCAAUCGUUGAGCUCACCAAGAAUUUCAUCAGAAGAGAAAAACGGAAACAGAGUCGCUGUACUCGAGGCCGUCCGUAAACGUCUAGGAAAAAGCCGGUCGACAGCUUCUUCCUUCGCCGGAGCUUCAAUCCCGCCGAUGAAUCGCCGAGACGAUUCACUGCUGGAGCAAAAUGACGGUAUCCAAAGUGCUAUUCUACAUUGCAAGAGAUCAUACAGCUCAGCCCGAAAAGACGGUUCAGUGUUAUUAUCAAAAAAAUCAAAUGAAGAUGCUUCUUGUGAAGAGCAGAAUCGGUGGAGUAUUUGAAUAUAAUUUAGAUAGAAAAUUCCUAUUGUUGACACUUUUUUUUCUCACUGUUUAGAUAAAAGUUGAAUAGUAGUAAUAUGAUUUUCGAUGUAAAGUGACGUUGUAACAAGAGAGAGUUGUUAUUUUUGAAAAAAAGAUCCUUUUAGUUGUGA